AUGAGCGCAAUACCUAAGUCAAAUAUAAAACGAAUUCGAGAUAUUCUAUUAGCAGAUGAAAAUAGAAUUAAUAAUGAUGUUAAUGAUAAUCAAGGUUCUGAUUUUGAACAUGGUGAUGUUGUUACAGUUAGUCAACCAGAAACAUUAAAAAAGAACGGUGUCACAUGGUCUAUGUAUCCAAGCUUUUCUUCGAACCUCUAUUCAUUAUGUAUAUCGAUAUUCUUUAUUGAAAGUAACACACCUAUUUGUGAGUGGCGUAAUUAG